AUAUGAUGAAUUUUUAGAUUCAAUAAUUUCGUUGUUAUUUUAGCAAAUUCUAGUAGAUCUCUACAUUUUCCACACAUUAAGUAACAAAACUUUUCAUUUUCAAACUUAUACUUUAUCCAAAUACUUGCAUUAACAAUGGCAGACCGCCUUACCCAAUUACAAGACACAAUAAAUCAGCAAGCGGAGCACUUUUGCAAUAGCAUCGGCAUACUUCAGCAGUUCUCUACGCCUAGCAAGUUCCCUGGUUUCGACCGUAGUGGCUCUCAAACUCCGCAACAACAGCAAAGCCAGGAAGACUACGCUCUCCUGUUCGCUACUUUGAUCUCGCGCUGUGCUAAGGAUAUUGAUACCCUGAUCGAGUCGCUUCCGAGUGAGGAAAGCUCUACAGAGUUGCAAGUACAGAGUUUGAGGCGUUUGGAGGCUGAGAAUAAGGAAGCUGCGGAGAGGCUUGAAGAGGCUGUCCGCCAAGGUGAGAUUCUGCUAGAGAAGAUCCAGGGUGCCCUCAGUGACAUUGCUCAGUGCCAGCUGGACAUGCAGAACCCAGCGCAGAUCCUGAAUAAGGAUGUGAGACCGUUAUAGGACUUAAAGAAGCAUGGCGGAUACCACCGUCGGUGAUAAACUGUUUAAACUGUGCUGUGUGGGUAUUAUUACGUAAGAUGUGUUGGUUUUAGGGAAAGAAGACCUUUGCAGGCGCCUACUUACAUAAUACAGUACAUUGUCUCUGAUAGUGACACAUUAUGCCUGACGCGGCUAAUGAUAAUCCCUGUGACAGCUGAAUUUUGUAUGGAGUAACUGUGAAUGUCAAAUGAUUCUGGACAUGUUUGGUAGUUCAACAGGUUUUCUUAUAUUUAGAAAUGUAACAAUUAAUAUAAAUACGGUAAAAACUUAUUUCGUAAUUUUUUUUUAUUACCUCUAUCUAAAAGUGAUUUGGAGGAACUCUCGGAUCAUCAUUUGCCAUGUCAGAUAUAGACAUUAGACAAAGGUUACAUUUCAUUCAUAGAAUGUAAGUAAAUAUUAUUUUAUUGUACCAAUAACAAUACAUUUCACAUGUAAAACUACAAAGCAAUUAAAGAGAAAAAUAUAACUACGUAACAACAGGCGGUGUGGAAUGUUUUAUGUCACAGAAAUGUUAUUUUAUAAAGGACUAAUUUUUUGAGACUGGAUAAAGGAGACACUAAAUUAUUUUUGUACAAAUUACCCAGUGUUUUGUAAAAAAAUAUGUUUCAAAAGUAGUUGUUCGUGAAAUGAAUAAAACAUUCUAUGAAAUUAUAUUAUAAUCAUUCAGAGUUCACGAUAGACGAUAGAGGUACCUACACUAUAGUUUUAGUGUAAGCAUAAGGUUUCUAUAAUAACAAUAUAUGUGAAAUAAGUUAUAAUCAAUUCAUAUAUCUUUUGUGCGACUUCGUCUGCGUGGAAUCAGUAACAGCAGCUAGCGUAAGUUUAGCGCCUGGAUAAAGUGUAAUAGCAAUUAUUCUAUUUGAGCAUAAGCUUAAUUGCUUGACAUGGAUUAUCAGGCAACUCAUUAAAUCUCUCAAUUUCACCCCCCUUUUCACUCUUCAGGCAUGAUUUCCGACAUAAAAACUUUCCUAUGUCCUUCCCUGGGACUCAAACUAUCUCUAUGCCAAAUUUCAACUAAAUCGGUUCAGGUAACAGACAGACCGACAGACUUUCACUUUCUUUAUUAAUAAAGUACGACGCACGGGUACAAUGCUGAUGUAUUAUACAUAUAAACCUUCCUCUUGAAUCACUCUAUCUAUUAAAAAAAACCGCAUCAAAAUCCGUUGCGUAGUUUUAAAGAUCGAAGCAUACAUAGGGACAGACAGACAGCAGGAAGCGAUUUUGGUUUAUACUUUGUGAUAUUAAGUAUGGAUUGUAUACUGUUUUCCAUUUAUAGCGUCUAUAGUCGUUCAUAGAUCAGGGGGCCUAUCCAAGAUGACACUCGUACAUCGAUAAACGCCAAACUAAAAAAAAUAAGUGUUCCGUUUGUCAAAACAAAGUUUUGCACGGAACUAUAGGAUGCCAAUCUCUUAUGGCAGAAUUGUUGCAAAAGCGACCGCUUUCAGCUUUAAAUAAUAGUUCCUAAUCUCUCCGGUGGCGCUAGUUAGGCUCUGGGACAUGAGUAUAACAUGAACCAACAAAUAAACCGACCAAAUUACGUAGGUUGUUUUUGGUAGUAUUUCGGUGUAUGGUGGCGCCGCCUAAUUACUGUUUUUAAUGGACACUUUUCAUACAUAGAGAUUUGGCUCCUUUAUAUAGUCUCCAAUCUCCAUGCACGGAACACUAAAAAAAAAAUGUAUCACGAUGACAGAUGCUACGAAAAAUCACGUGACAAUUCUCAUACUAUAGUUCGUUUGUUUUAGCAUGAAAGAAGGUAAGCGAUCUUUACGUGUCUUUUUAUUUAAAAUAAGUCACAGCAAAUAUGUUACAAUUAUAAAUCAUAUACGAUCUUUUAUAUUCUUUUGCUUUCAUAAGUAAUAUAAACAAUUAUUUUACAAUAUUUUUCAAUAGAAAGACACAAUAAGAUUGUUUACCUUUUUACUAAUUUUCAUGAAAAAUUGUCUUCCGACUAGGCUGCCAAAUGCAUUUGAUUGGAGGUGUUUUUAGGGUUCCGUACCCAAAGGCCAAAGGGUAAAAACGGAACCCUAUUACUAAGACUCCUCUGUUCGUGUCUGUCUGUCACCAGGCUGUAUCUCAUCAACUGUGAUAGCUAGACAGUUGAAAUUUUCACAGAUGAUUUAUUUCGGUUGCCGCUAUAACAAUAAAUACUAAAAAGUAAGGAACCCUCGGUGGGCGAGUCCGAAUGGCACUUGUCCGGUUUUUAUUUUUUUCAUCUAUUAUCAAUGAUUCUUGCGGUUUGGAUUGUAAAUAGUUUAAAAAAGGCCCCUAAACAUGACCUGUAUUUCCGCAUGUGCAUUACCCAGUAUGUGAAGUCAAAUAUAUCAACAUUUUUAUUUAAACUGAUUUUAAAACGACGCGCGACGUAUGCCGUUACGAGUAGGUACGCAAACGUAUACAUAUAAGUUCUAAUUUUCUGAAACAAGUAAACAACAAGACGAUUGCGUCUGUAUAGAAUAUACAUGAUUAAAUAUAUUAUUGAUGAA